AUGCUUGUCCAAGAUCUCAACAAGUAUGUGGCUAUCAGCGAGGAAUUUGCUCUCAAUGCAGAGGAAAAGGCGCACUCAGGUGGCCUUUUGUUUGAUCGGAAGGUGGCCAGAGUCGUCACUCCUGGUACGCUGAUUGAUGAGAAGUUUAUUGAACCCUCCGAACACAAUUUCUUAUUGGCCAUUUACUUGGACGUUCCGGCUAUGGAGUCGAAGCUAAAACAGCAUGCUGAUAGCGAUGCCCAGUCAUCCCAUCAACACAUAUUGUCAUCUAUACCUCAACAGGUAGGGUUGUCGUGGCUGGAUCUUUCGACCGGCGAUUUCUUCACCCAGCUCACAACAACCCAAAUGCUUCCAUCUGCGAUUGCGCGAAUUGGAGCCCGUGAAAUUCUCGUAGAUCAGAAUGUACAAGAUCUCAUCGGGCAUGAAUUACAAUUGCUAGUUGGGCACGAUCAUCGCCUGGUCACUUUCUUUCAGUUCCCUGAGACAUUCGAACCAGUGUCUGAAUGGGGUACCAUGCUUGAGGCUCCCGUUCCUGAGGAUGAUCGUGCGUCUUUCACACCGGAAGAAGUAGCAGCUGGAUACAGCCUACUCAAGUACAUUCGAGUGCAACUACAAGGAUCGAAUCUCAAGCUUCAGCCUCCUCGUCGAAGACAUCUGAAUGAAUCAAUGAGUAUUGAUCGUAAUAGUCUGAGUGGUCUUGAGAUCUUAGAAACAGCAAGAGAUGGGUUUGGCAAGGGAAGCCUUCUCCAUGCUGUUAAAAGAACUUCUACUAAAAGUGGCUCACGCCUUCUGCGAGACAGACUCACCUCUCCAUCUACAUCUUUGAAGAUCAUUAAUGAGCGUCUGGACCUAGUCUCGGUCUUCAUGGAAUCUGAGGAGCUUCGUGACGGCGUGGUUCAGCUACUGAAGCGCAGCUAUGAUGCACAACGCUUGGUCCAAAAAUUCGCCCUUGGAAAAGGAGAUCCAGAUGACUUGAUCUGUCUAUCUCGGGCUAUCGAGGCUUCGAAGGAAGUCAGACAAGUCCUCUUGGACCACAGCAAAACUCCAAUUUCGAACGUUGAUCUCAAAAAUAGCGUGAGGAUUAUGAUCUCACGGUUGUGCCUUGAUGGACCCAUUGCGUUGGCUGAGAAGAUUCUUGCCGCUAUUGACGAAGAAGGAUUGAUGCAAAAGCAACGCAUCGAGGACAGUACCGCUGCUGAGGCAGCCAGUUUGGCGCAAAAGGUAACCCUCGAUGAAGGCACACCCAGCGAGCUCGAAAGCCUACCAAAAAAGGUCAGGUCAAAAAACAGUGAUCGAACUGCGGUAACUGAUACUGAAUCCGGUCCUGUCGAUACUUGGAUUAUGAGACGUAAUGCAAGCAAGAACCUCAACGCUCUUCAUGCGGAAUUGGAACGACUGGGUGACGAAAAGGUUUCAUUAACACAACUGCUCCGCGACUCGGUUGGUUCAUCAGCCUUGACCCUCAAAUGGACACCCGGCUUGGGCCACAUAUGCCACGUCAAAGGGGCCAAGAUAUCGCAGGAGUCCUUGGAAGACUUGGGCGUUACUCGAAAUGUCUCAUCCACCAAAUCCACACGGUCCUUCUAUCUACCAGCCUGGUCAGAUCUAGGUGCUCAGAUGGACCAAGUCAAGAUCCGGAUUCGUCAAGAAGAGCAGACAAUUUUCCAGCAUCUCCGCCGCGAAGUGAUCUUGAAUCUAGUCAAGAUUCGCCGAAACGCUGCUGUCAUGGAUGAACUGGAUGUUAGUUGUUCAUUCGCAAUUCUAGCUCGAGAACAACAAAUGGUGCGGCCAAUUCUCAAUGACGGCGUCUGUCACAAGAUUGUCGGAGGAAGGCAUCCAACCGUCAAACUAGGUCUAGAGGAACAAGGCCGAUCUUUUGUGAGCAACGACUGCUUCUUGGGUGAUUCCGAGCGUAUCUGGCUCAUCACUGGUCCUAACAUGGCCGGCAAAAGUACAUUCUUACGACAAAACGCAUUGAUCACAAUUCUCGCGCAGGUCGGGUCAUUCGUACCUGCAGCUUAUGCCGAGAUCGGUAUCGUCGAUCAGAUCUUCAGUCGCAUUGGCGCAGCGGAUGACCUCUUCCGGGACCAGUCAACGUUCAUGGUCGAGAUGUUGGAGACGGCCGCCAUUCUCAAGCAGGCUACGCCGAAGUCAUUUGUCAUUAUGGAUGAAGUGGGUCGAGGCACGACUCCUGAGGAUGGGACAGCUGUCAGCUUCGCUUGUUUGCAUCAUCUACACAAUCAGAACCAGGCCCGCACACUUUUUGCCACCCAUUUCCAUGCCCUUGCGGAUAUGACACAUGACUUCGAGGCUUUGGCAAGAUACUGUACGGAUGUCAAGAACACGGCUACAGGUACCUUCUCUUUCGUCCAUCGUCUGCGAAAGGGUGUGAAUCGCCAGUCUCAUGCUUUGAAGGUCGCACAGCUGGCUGGUUUGCCUAAAGAAACACUCGAGCUGGCUACCCGAGUCCGUCAGCAGAUGAGGGACGAAACACCACCUCCUCGUGUCACUGAUGAAGAUCAACCCACGGUGCAGGGUUCUUGA